CCCUAUAGCGCAGAUCGAAGCUCUCACUCUCUUUUCGAAAUGGCCGAGUCAAAGAAUCACACAGCUCACAACCAGUCCCGCAAGGCCCACAGGAAUGGCAUCAAGAAGCCCCAGAGGCACCCCCACACCUCCACCAAGGGGUUGGAUCCCAAGUUUCUGAGGAACCAGAGGUAUGCCAGGAAGCACAACAACACGAAGACUGAACAGUCGGCCGAGGAGUAGAGCGGGACCUGCCUAGUGAUGAUGAAGCGCUUCGGGUUUUAUUCUGAUUAGGGUUUUAUUAUUUUUGUUUUGAUGUUGUUU